GCCCGCCUCCAGUUCUCCCGGGCGGCGGGACCGCGGCACGCGCUCCUGAUUGGCCCGCGCAGUGGCCGCACCGCCUCCAAGCGCCGCCUGCGGACAAAGAAAGGAAUAACGGGACUGUGGUCGCCGGCCGCCCCAGCCACGCAUCAUGCCCUACCUGCUCAUUAGCACCCAGAUCCGCAUGGAGGUGGGCCCCACCAUGGUGGGCGAUGAGCAUUCGGAUCCAGAGCUGAUGCAGCACCUGGGGGCCUCCAAGAGAAGUGUCCUGGGAAACAACUUUUAUGAAUACUAUGUCAACGACCCUCCUCGCAUAGUCCUGGACAAGCUGGAACUCAGGGGCUUCCGUGUGUUGAGCAUGACAGGGGUGGGCCAGACGCUGGUGUGGUGCCUGCACAAGGAAUGACCUGGCUGAGCUGACCUGUGGGCAGGGCAUCCAUUCUUUGGAGGACCUACCGUGUGCCCUGACCCCAAAUCCUUGCAACAUCGUCUGCCCUGCCUCUGUCUUUCCAAAUUGUCAGCUUCCUUGUCCAACACUGGCGGGCUGUGAACAGCCUGAGGGACCUUUCUCCAGUUGGUUGGGCACAGCAGACCUUUGCCCUGGUGCUUUCAGGCCCCUCCUCCCCCGGCUGUAGACCAUGUGCUGAAGGCAGGCUACCCAGAGGACACUCCCUGGAUCCUGCACAGCUAGUCCAAACCAAUAAAAGGCUCUCAUGAGUGGAUGUCCUUCA